AUACCGCGGGCGCCCAAUGCUGACGCUGGUAGCGGAGAGAGGUUUCCCGGGACCGCGCGCGGGCGGGCGAAGGCAAGGCAUCAGUCGACCAGUAAAGGCGCGGCCUGUGCGUUUUCUCGGAAUGCGCAGCAACGAGAAAGGUUGCCCAAGUUGCGCGCCCGGCUUGACAGCGACGGCCGCACUACUUCCCAAGCAGCCGCCGCCCCCGCGGCCCACCCAUCUGGCCACAACCCCCGGGAAUGCGGUCAGCCACUAGGCCGCUCCCGCCAUGGGGGCGGCUGCGCUUGUAGCCCUGUUCUGGGCGCGCACCCUUGCCGGCCGCGCGCGCCAGAUAAGCAGCCGUGGCGAUUUGGGCGCGUGGCCCCUUCCGUUCCGGCGGCGCCCUUUUUCGCCCCACCACGGGAGGUGCAUGCAGCCGCGCGCAGCAUCCGGAAGUCGCGCAGGUGCCGGGUGCAUUGCAUCGAAGCGGCCGCCGCAAGCCCGGCCGUUUUUACUUUUUUGAACGAAGCCG